UCCCUUAAAGCGCCAGCGCUCAUUGACAGUGUUGGAACAAAUCUUCCUUGAAUACAGCAAGCAGGCAACUAUCUCCCGCGCUGCACUUACAACUUGCAGCACUGAAGCCACCUCUGGUUGUGAAUCUCGCGGGUUCUGCAUUGACUGGGACUGAAGAAGGAGUGUAACAGAAACGACCGUUUGUAGCCCUGCAUUGAACAAGUCCAAGUUAGUCAGAGACCGAGAUGCAAAGUACUGGCCAGCAGGGACUGGAGGUGGAAAUUGAUGUAGAGAGCUUGGAAGUCGAAGAUGAAGAUUUGGCCGACUCCCCCGAUCAUGUUCCAGGCCAGAGGGAAGACGGGUCGGCCGAGGCGGGCAAGAAGCAGUCGGGAACCAACGGAGACCAGAGGAAACUGAGCCGAACUCCGAAAUGUGCCCGCUGUAGAAAUCACGGGGUGGUGUCGUGCCUGAAGGGCCACAAGCGGUUCUGUCGGUGGAGGGACUGUCAGUGCGCCAACUGCCUCCUGGUUGUGGAGAGGCAGAGGGUGAUGGCCGCUCAGGUGGCGCUCAGAAGGCAGCAGGCAACUGAGGAUAAGAAAGGAUUAUUGAGCAAACACAACCUGGCAGAACGCAGGGCCGUGUACCAGAGACCCCUGAGGACGCCGAGCUUGCUGGCUAAGAGCAUUUUAGAAGGAUAUCGACCAGCCCAGAGUGACCCCUACAUGCGAGGAAGCUCACCCCUGUCCCCACCCGUUAGCGAUCGGAUGCGAAAGAGGCGUGCUUUUGCCGAUAAGGAGUUGGAGAGCAUCAUGAUGGAGAGGGAGUACAAGGAGAGGGAGAUGAUUGAGGCCGCUCAAGCUGCUGCCGCUUUCUUCCUUCCCAACGGCAUGGUGCACGCAGCCGAAUACAAUUCCUGCAAAUCCAAUUACACCGCCCCGCAGAUCGAUCGGCCCCCUAAAGAAAUUCCCCAACACUGCAACUUGAUCCCCUCCUGCCUCGACCUCACCAUGCAGUACUCGGGGUCGGACAGAGCAGUGGAACUCAUCUCGUCUAACGUCAGCGUGGCCACUACCUACCGUCAGUACCCGCUGACCCCUAGGCUGAUGGUCUGGCCAAAAUGCGGUGGCAUCAGCGACGCCCUUCUGUACCAGCAGUACCUGCUGAAUGCCAGUGGCGCCAUACAGAAUCUCAAACCGCCAUCUGUUUGGGACCCUAAAGGGAGUUUGGUGCCGGGAAGCCAUUUGCCCAGCGAUGGCCAGGAUUCUCCCAAAAGACAAGUGCGGGAGAUGCAGCAUGCGCCUGGCGAACUGCGGGAGAUAUCGGCGCUGGAAAUGCCCUGUGAACGCUCGGCUUUCUCCCCGCCAAGGAAAGGCCCCUCGCAGCUCCCCGAGGGCGACCCGUCACCCCCGCUGCAGCCACCGAACAACCAGUCUGCCAAAGAGAACACUCUGCCACCGUUUGCAGCCAAACUGAACUCGGGCAAACCCUUGCUGACGCAGCUCAGCGGCUACUAUGAGAAACCAGCCUCUGAGCUUAAAGCUUUCAUCAGCAAAGACAUCCUCGAAGAGGCGGCCAGGAAAUACAGAGAGCACGCUGUUAAGGAAGACCAGACCUACAAAUAUUCCACCGAGAAGCAUUUGAGCAGUUUGAUGGCUUCUAAGCAAGUGGGGACAAAAAUCUCAACCCCCGAGUCUCUCUCGUUUUCUGUUGAAUCGAUCCUUAAGAGACCCUCGCCUUCUCUAACUCGUACUUAUCAGUAAACAUCAUAUUCCAAACCGUACUGCUUCGAAUUAAUAGUGCUUUCAGUUACAUUUUGAGACCAAAUUUGCCUUCUGUGUAAAUGUGUGAUGUAUAUGUCUUGAUCAUUGUUAUGUACAGAGUUCAGCAUGGUUUGUGUACUUUUGAUCUGCUAGAGUAUAUUUAUCUUGAGUUCUUUUUUGAGAAAUACAAAAUAUCAAUGUUUAAUGCACUGAAAAGCAAAC